CGAGUUUCGCAACCAUUCGAAUUUGGAAUCUCGGCGCGAGGGACGCUGGGACACGGAACGCACCCGUAUUUGCGCGCGAAAAGUGACAGAUCUAAUUGUUCUAUUUUUACGUACGUUCUUAAUUAAUAAUUAUGGCUCUCACAAGUGCUAGAAAUAUUGUGAAUUUGAAAGAAAAAGGACAUUUCGAACGGGAAAAUGCGAGGAUCGAUAAAUAUACGCUUGCUGACAAACUUCCAGAGCAAGUGGCAGAGCGAGGCAUUCAGAAGAAGAUCGAACCCGCAUACCACAUCCAGACAAUCAGUCCUAAGGAUAAGGAGCGUACCCUUGAGUUCCUCAGAAGAUUCUUCUUCCGCGAUGAGCCGAUGAACGUAGCGGUGAAGCUCAUAGAGUCUCCAACCAGUCGGUGUCAUGAACUAGAAGAGUAUGCAGCCAGCUCGCUAGACCAAGGAGUAUCAGUGGCCGCUGUCGAUGACAAUGGAGAAUUCGUCGGAGUUAUCAUAAACGCACUUGUUCACAGAACGGACGAAGAAGAACCAGACAAAGUAGAGAGUUGCCCAAACGAGAAGUUCAGGCGCAUCCUUCGAGUCCUCCAGCAUUUGAACGAUGAAGCCCGCAUUUGGGAGAAGGUUCCAGAAUCCUGCAAGUCUAUGUUAGAAGUGAGGAUCGCGUCCACACACUCUGAGUGGCGAGGGCGACGGAUUAUGAAGGUCUUGGCUGAGGAGUCAGAACGCAUCGCUAAACAAAAUGGCGCUGGCGCCAUUCGCAUGGACACAACUUCGGCUUUCUCGGCCCGCGCGGCUGAAAGACUUGGAUACAAGAGCGUUUACUCCAUCUUGUACGCGGAUAUUCCUGACGGCCCGCAGCCCGAAGCCCCGCACUUCGAAGCUAGCGUCUACAUCAAAGAUUUGUAAGACUCUGCAAGAAGAAAAUUCACAUCGUCAAUAUUUAAUAUACUAUGGUGUCGAGAUCAAUUAGAUAAAAACUACUUAUUCACCUUACUAUGCUCGAUUUUACUCAAACACAAAAAUUGUAGCAGUAGUUAAAGGUAGUAUGUGUAUGAAAAUAAUAAAAUUAUAUAAUGACAUGUAUAAUUUGUACCUGGUAAGUUUAAGGCUCAUGAAAAUGUGUUGUUUUGUACUUUGACGCGUUUUUAGAAUGAUCAUAGAUCGAUGGAAAAUAAUGUAUCGAUGAGGCAGGGUAUGUAAUUGCUUUGCUGUUUGAAAAUAUAAGAGAAACUGCACAUGGAUUGUAAC